UGAGGAACUCUUUUUCUUCAACUUAUUUCAAAAUCGUGGUCGGUUGGAGUCGACUUGAGCAGAGACUUGAGGGUGCACGCUCCUUUUUGUCCAGAGGCUGCGUGCUGCUUCCAGUCGGUGUGGGGAGCACAGGAGUAGCCUUAGGUUUGUUUUGAAGGAACAAAGCUUUAAAAAGAGAAAAAAAAAAGGAUUUACCAGAUUAGAAGAUGGGAGCAAACAGCAGCAGCCUUAGUGAGCUGCCAGAAAAUGAGUACUUAAAAAAAUUGUCGGGAGCUGAAGCAAUCUCUGAGAAUGACCCUUUCUGGAAUCAGCUGCUUUCAUUUAGUUUUACUACCCCAACAAACAGUGCUGAGUUAAAGCUCUUGGAAGAAGCCACCAUAUCAGUCUGCAAGUCUUUAGUUGAGAACAAUCCUCGGUCAGGAAAUCUUGGAGCGUUGAUUAAAGUCUUCCUUUCUAGAACCAAGGAGUUAAAAAUUUCAGCAGAAUGUCAGAACCACCUCUUUAUUUGGCAGGCCCACAAUGCAUUGUUUAUUAUUUGCUGUUUGCUAAAAGUGUUCAUCAGUCAGAUGACAGAAGAGGAACUGCAACUUCAUUUUACGUACGAGGAAAGAACACCUGGCUUAUAUGGAGUGGAAUGUGAAGAUCUGAUAGAAGAAUUGCUAUGUUGUCUCAUCCAGCUCAUUGUUGAAAUUCCUCUUCUAGAUAUAACAUACAGCAUUUCCUUGGAAGCUGUGACGACACUGAUUGUCUUCCUUUCCUGCCAGCUAUUUCAUAAGGAAAUUCUGCGGGAGAGCAUCAUUCAUAAAUACCUGAUGCAUGGGCGAUGUCUCCCAUAUACCAGCAGACUUGUGAAGACAUUGCUAUAUAACUUCAUUAGACAAGAAAGGAGCCCUCCCCCAGGCACCCAUGUCUUUCAGCAGCAAACAGACGGAGGAGGAUUGCUUUAUGGAAUUGCAUCAGGGGUGGCAACUGGCUUGUGGACGGUGUUCACAUUGGGUGGUGUGGGAAGUAAACCAACACCACAACAGGAACAGUCCUCACCUCUAGCAAAUCAAAGCCUUCUGCUACUGCUUGUGCUAGCUAAUUUGACUGAUGCACCAGAUUCACCAAAUCCAUACAAGCAAGCUAUUAUGUCCUUCAAGAACACACAAGAUAGCACUGCUUUUCCUUCACCAAGUCCACAUGCUUUCCAGAUUAAUUUUAACAGUUUGUACACAGCUUUGUGCGAACAGCAAAAAUCUGAUCAAGCGACUCUCCUUUUAUACAUGUUACUGCAUCAGAACAGCAAUGUUCGGACAUACAUGUUGGCCCGCACUGACAUGGAAAAUCUUGUUUUGCCCAUUCUUGAGAUUCUCUAUCAUGUUGAAGAAAGGAAUUCACACCAUGUUUACAUGGCUCUUAUAAUUUUGUUGAUCCUUACAGAAGAUGAUGGCUUCAAUCGAUCUAUUCAUGAAGUGAUAUUGAAAAAUAUUACUUGGUACUCGGAGCGUGUUCUAACAGAGAUUUCACUGGGGAGUCUCCUUAUACUGGUGGUAAUAAGAACCAUUCAGUACAACAUGACAAGGACAAGGGACAAAUACCUUCAUACAAAUUGUCUGGCAGCCUUAGCAAAUAUGUCAGCACAGUUCCGUUCACUUCAUCAGUAUGCUGCUCAGAGAAUCAUCAGUUUGUUUUCUUUGUUGUCCAAAAAGCACAACAAAGUUCUGGAGCAAGCCACACAAUCCUUGCGAGGUUCCCUCAGUUCAGACGACUCUCCGCUUCCUGAUUACGCACAGGAUCUGAAUGUGAUUGAAGAAGUGAUCCGAAUGAUGCUUGAGAUUAUCAACUCCUGCCUGGCCAACUCUCUCCAUCACAAUCCCAAUUUGGUAUAUGCACUGCUUUACAAGAGGGAUCUCUUUGAGCAGUUUCGAACUCACCCUUCCUUCCAAGAUGUAAUGCAAAAUAUAGACCUGGUGAUCAGCUUUUUCAGCUCCCGGUUAGAGCAAGCUGGAGCUGAGUUGUCAGUGGAGCGAGUUCUGGAAAUCAUCAAACAAGGAGCUGUCGCAUUGCCCAAAGAUAGGCUAAGGAAAUUCCCAGAGUUGAAGUUUAAGUAUGUGGAAGAGGAGCAGCCUGAGGAGUUUUUCAUUCCCUACGUCUGGUCCCUGGUAUACAAUUCUGCCGUGGCGCUGUACUGGAACCCCCACGACAUCCAGCUCUUCACUAUGGACUCCGGCUGAGGCGCAAGAGGCCAGAUGACAGAGCUAGCUCUACUCUGUCUCACCUCAAGAGAGCAAACCCGAACACUGCGUGUUAAUACAUGAUCCCUCCUGGCGUGCGUCCUCUAAACCUGAACCUUACCGAGAAUGAAGAGCUUGCCACUCCUAUCCUGUCCAGCUUUGACGUCUUGCUACCAGGCUGCAGCAGGCAUGCUGGAAGCAGCUGCAGCGUGAAGAACUGACAGGGUUGUAUGCAACCUUUUAGACCUUACCCUAUGAACACAAGGCCUUAGACAUGCAGUGCGAUGCUACCAACACCACCAAAGCAGAGCGAUCUAUACAGUACAGUGGGUAAAUAAGAGUUGGCAUUUGAUUUGGAACCAGUGUUUUUAUUUCCUGUAGGUAACAAGGCAAGCUCUUCAGACACCAUUGGUUUCUGCAAUGAAGUAUUCAUCAAGUUGCUACCCUGCCUCCUCUCAUGGCCCUUUACUUUGGUGACAUUGUAAUGACUGCAGUCUCUGCAGCAUUGUCUCAGUUGUCAUCCAAGUGAAUUAGCAGGCUGGAUAUUAACUACAGUUUGUUUCCAGGCAGAGAGGCAAAACCUUUGAUUUGGAUAUCACGGUACGUGUGGGAGGGUUUCAAUGAUAAGGAAUUGUCAAAACAGUUUGGACUCAUUUGUGUUCUUGAUAGGGCUAGAAAUGCUAGCUUCCAAAGGAAAGUCCCUCCAGUCUUGCAUGUGGCAAGUACUGUCCCUGGAAACCAACCAGACAGACAGAUCUCCAAAGAAAAUGCCUUCACGUUUUCAAAAUAGACCUCUGCCCUGUAAAAGGUCUAGGCGCUGUUGAUGGUGUCUGAGAAUCCCCAGUACAGUGCUGUGUUAAAAAUCCCCUUGUCACAGGCCAAGGGUGUCUAGUGGAGGGACGGAUUUAUCUGAAUGUGGACUGCUUCAAAAUGAAUGUUCUAACGUCCUCCCCUUGUACCCAGUUGAAUGAAAAUAAUCAAAAAUCUCUCUCUGCAGAGGAGAAAGUAAAUGAGUAAGUUGGCCAUCCUGUUCAAGAAUAUCUCCUUUUUGUCGUAUGAAGGGUGUGUUUGUCUUGGGGGCAAGCUCCUGAUGGCAUUCAUUUCCACAUGCACCCAGACACGCUGGCUGUGACCUGUUGCUGCCUUGUGGAAAAUGCUGUCACUAGGUCAAGUUCAUUGCAUGCCAAGAGAUGAAGACUAGGGAGUUAGUCCUUACAUAUAUAUGCUAAAUCCCUUAAUGCACUGCCUGCCCCGGUAUGUUCUGUUUACUAACUUGAAGGGUAGAGCACAUCCGCUUUCAGGCAGUCCUCGGCGUGGCUUUAAAUAGAGCUCCUUGCAGUUUUUGGUUUCUUGAAGAUGCUAGAAUUACACUUUCCUUUUUACCUGCUUAUUUGGAAGCAGGAGUCCUCCUGGGCCCUGCAUAAAUGGAACUGCUGGUUUGUUAUUUUUAAAUUCUUUCCGUAUUUAUUUAAACCUAUAAAUACAAAGAGACGUGCAUAGCAUAGGAGUUCUUAGUACCUUCAAGUAGCGGUAGCUUUUGGGAAGAGGCAAUUUAAAGAGUGGAGCUGCAGCGGGGUGUUCAAUGUCUAAUAUGGGGAUGGUUGCACCAUGGCUGAAGAGCUGGGAGUGUUUAUGCUACAUGUUGGAUUUGGGUGGGGGGGUGUUUUGUUUUGUUACGUUACAUCUUUGGACAAGUCCAAGGGGAGUGGGCUUUUCUGUUUGGUGUAGUGAUUUGUAACUGUACCUAUAAAUGUAGGACCAGGGUGCUUGUGAGUCAGCAAAGCUGCACAGUCUUUCCAAAGGUCAUUCCACGGAUGCACUUGGAGCGCUGGAUCCUGAGACUCAACUGCAUGGUUCAGAUUUUCAGCUGAUGUAAGCACAGCGAGAGCUUGAACCUGCCAAAUAAUGAGCUCUUGUACACCCUUGUGGACUUCAGUAAUACUUGAGGACACCCAAGACCUUACUGCCUGAACAGAGCCACAACUCACUGUUUUGGUAUGGAAAAUCUAGUUAUUUUUAAAAGAGUUUCAUACAAAGACAAGGACGUGUGACGUGAACAGGACCAACGAGUCACUGACUUGAGUAGCGUCAGCUAACAAUUUCAGUUUGUUCUCUUGUCUUAAUGACCUUGCACUGAAGUAAAGAGAAACAGGUUCGUUCCACUGAAAUAAUUUUCUUGCGCAGGUAAUUAAAAUGUAGUGCUUAUAGGGCCCAGCAGGAUUGUAACAGCUGGAGUCAGAAUCUAAAGCUGAAGCAGCAACACAAGCCAAGUUUUACAAUGAAAUACAUCUUCAUUCGAUUGGUCCUUUCAAGAUUGCAGGCAUUAUAAAGGUCUGGCAAAGUCCUGGAGUCUGCAGUCUAGCAUAUUCACAGAUACUCUGUUUUCCUUCUGAUCUGUAAAGUACCACCUAAGGGAUCCUUUUCAUUAUUUUGUGUGAACGAUUUAUUAUGCAGUAAUAAAAAAGGUGAACACAGA